AUUUUCAGGACCGAAUCGCGGGAAUUUAACGCGAGAGCUGAUGCGAAGUUUUUCAGUCAUUGUGCCGAGCUCGCACCAGCUUCUCUUUAACUUAGAUCUCAAUCAAAUAAACACCAACCAUGUCUCUGGAUGAGCAAUUCAAGCAAGUCUCCGACUCCGUGAGGAACUGGAAGACCAAGCCCUCAGACGAUGAGAACCUGGCUCUCUACUCCCUCUUCAAACAGGCCAACUUCGGAGAUGUCAACAUCAGUGAACCCAGUGGUCUGGUGGAGAAGGCGAAGUUCAAGGCGUGGACAAACCGCAAGGGUAUGUCUCCCGAUGAGGCCAAGAAGCAGUACAUCGAAAUCGCACAGAAACUCCAAGCCAAAUACGCAUAAAUUACCCUUAGGUUAACUAUUUAAUCUAUAGUUAUUAUUUUAUUUUAAAAAAUGUAAUAUAUCUACCAAUCAACUUGAAAAUUAAAUUGAUCCACUCGAUAUUUCGAUCACCGCAAUUUUUUUCAAAUUAUGAGUGGAUUUCUCAUAUUUGUAAUUAGUAUCUCAAAUAAAAAUAUGUUAAGCUAAA